GAUGUGAAGUAUCAUAGCCUAGUCCCAAGGAAACUAGACUUUAAAGGGACUAUUGAGCAAACUACAAAGGGAGGGGGCUGAAUUAACAAAGUGAGAAGAGUGGUGGAGUGAGAAACUACAGGUGGGAAAGAGACCAGAGACUAGGGAGAGAGAGAGGAAGAAUUUAUAUUAAUAUGGCUGCAAAUUUGGGGAUUUGGUAACGUCGAUUCAGCUCCUUGGAAGAGCGAAAGAACCAAACCAGCUACAACGACAACGCCAACACCACCCAGAAGAAGAAGAAGAAGAAGAGGAAGUGAGAGAGAGCCUCUGGACAAAGCAAACAUAAGGCUGUUUUUGGGGACCUAAAGACAAAAGUGAAGCAGAGAGCCUUGCAGUCGUUACAGAACAACAACAACAUCGACAUCACGAAUCAUUAUGAUUGCUGCCAUAACCUUUGUGUAUGCGUAGUCGUUUUCUCUCUUUCUGGGUCAUCUUGCUCGUGAAUGGGGUAGCCUAUUCUUACUGAGCUGCGUGAGGAGACAAGACAGACAGAUACACCUUGAGCUUGCUGCUUUCUUUUUACUUGUUUUCAAAGGUUUUAAUUUUCUUCUGCGAAGUCGCUUGUUGUGGCCUUUGAUUGAAUGGUGCAUCUGGAGGAGAGUCCAAGGGGCUCUUCGAUUUCUCAUGCGGAAACGGGGUCUGGAGUUGAUGAUCUAUAUACCGAGCUAUGGAAGUUAUGUGCGGGGCCUCUGGUGGAUGUGCCGAGGCCCGGGGAGAGAGUCUUCUACUUUCCUCAGGGUCACAUGGAACAAUUGGAAGCAUCAACAAAUCAGGAGCUGAAUCAGCAAAUCCCUCUGUUCAAUCUUCCUUCUAAGAUCCUUUGUGGUGUUGUUGACAUUCGAUUACUGGCUGAACAAGAAACGGACGAGGUUUAUGCGCAGAUCACUCUGCACCCGGAAUUAGAUCAAAGUGAGCCUAAAAGUCCCGAUAUAUGCCCACCUGAGCCACCGAGGCAAACAGUGCAUUCAUUUUGCAAGAUUUUAACUGCUUCGGAUACGAGCACUCAUGGGGGGUUCUCAGUUCUUCGAAAGCAUGCCACCGAAUGCCUGCCUCAGUUGGAUAUGACCCAAGCAACACCAACACAGGAAUUGGUAGCCAAGGACCUUCAUGGGUUUGAGUGGAAGUUUAAGCAUAUAUUUAGAGGCCAACCUCGUAGGCAUUUGCUCACAACAGGAUGGAGUAAUUUUGUCACUUCCAAGAGAUUGGUUGCAGGAGAUGCCUUUGUGUUUCUGAGGGGCGAAGAUGGUGAAUUGAGAGUAGGUGUUCGACGUCUUGCUCGCCAGCAGAGUCCCAUGCCUUCAUCUGUGAUAUCUAGCCAAAGCAUGCAUCUUGGAGUGCUUGCUACUGCUUCUCAUGCUGUUUUGACCCAUACUCUUUUUGUGGUUUAUUACAAGCCAAGAACUAGUCAGUUCAUUAUAAGUGUGAACAAAUAUCUUGAGGCCAUUAACAAUGGGUUCUCAGUUGGCAUCCGCUUCAAGAUGAGAUUUGAGGGUGAAGACUCUCCAGAAAGAAGAUUCUCGGGAACCAUAGUUAGGGUCGAGGGUAUAUCUGCAGAGUGGUCAGAUUCUAAAUGGCGGUCACUGAAGAUUCAAUGGGAUGAACCUGCAACCAUACAAAGGCCAGAGAGGGUUUCCCCUUGGGAGAUAGAGCCUUUUGUUGCUUCUGCAUCCAUGAAUCUUGCUCAACCGGUUGUAAAGAGCAAGAGGCCCCGACCUGUUGAUAUUCCAUCUUCUGAAAUCACCACCAACUCUGCAGCCUCGGCCAUUUGGUAUCAUGGAUCAACCCAGUCCCAUGAGUUGACCCAAUUGAGUGCUGCUGCUGAGGUCCAAAGCUGUGAAACCAGUGUUGCUUGGCCUUCUAGGUUGAAAGAAAUAAAUAACAACAGAUCAAGAGUUCGUGCAGAAAGCACAUGGUCCUCUUCUCCACAUGUGAACAUCUCCCUAGAUCUUUUCUCCGAUUCACUGGAGGAUAACAAAACCGUAACAUUACAGUCGACUCUCUCUGAUUUUCUCUCUCCAGUUUUAUCAAGGCUAAGCAAUGGUCUGGCAAAUGACCAUGUGGAAAAGGAGAUAAAAUCAGAGACUUCUCUUGGUUGCCGGUUAUUUGGGAUUGAUUUGACAAAAAACUCUGAAACCAUUGCACUAGCAACAAUGGUGUCUGGUGGUGCAAAAGGACAGAGCCCAACUGCAGCAUCUAUAGUUAACACAGCGUGUAAACCAGAUGUUAAGUCCUCAAAUGAACACAAGCAACUUAUACCAGAUGAGUCACUGAAGGAGACACAGAGCAAGCAGGGCUCCACUCUUUCCACCAGAACUCGCACUAAGGUGCAAAUGCAAGGGGUUGCUGUUGGUCGUGCCGUUGACUUGACUGUGUUGAAGGGGUACAAUGAUCUCAUAGAUGAGCUGGAGAAAAUGUUUGAGAUUAAAGGGGAGCUUUGUCCGCAGAACAAAUGGGCAGUUGUUUUUACAGAUGAUGAGAAUGACAUGAUGCUUGUGGGCGAUGAUCCGUGGCCAGAGUUUUGUAAGAUGGCGAGGAAAAUCUACAUAUAUUCAAGUGAGGAAGUGAAGAAGAUGACUACAAGAUGCAAACUUACUGCCUCAUUAUUAGAAGGUGAAGGCACUAUUGGAAGCACAGACUCGGAGCAUAGAGCUGAAACUGGAUAGUCUUAUCUUUAUUUUUUGGCUGUAUUUUGUUCUGCUUUCUUUGCUUGAGGGGUGGGUUGCUGGUGGUUUGGUUUGCUCAGAAUUUUGGAGCUUCCACAUCAACAGCCAAAAAGCUUACCAGAUGGAUUGGGUCUUUGUUUUGUUUUUUUUGUUUUUAAUGUAAGGAAUGGUGGACUUUAUUCUGAAUUGGAGGAACUUAAAAGCAUAUACCUUGUUUUUGGGGUUGUUGGUCUAACAUUGAUAUGUGUAUAAGAAUACCUAUGUACUUGCAUUUUGAAGUCAGCUUACUCUGAUUUCUUGUU